AUGCUGCCCGCCUGGCUCCGGCUGUGCCUGGCUGCGCUGCUGCUGCCCCCGGGAGCCGCCGCUCCUCCCGCCUGCCCCGCGCAAUGCCGCUGCCCCGAGCCCCACAUCCUUCGCUGCCGGGAGCCCCGAACCGUGAGCAGCCUCAGCGCCCUGCUGCUGGGCACCCGCCGCCUCACCGACGUCAUCAUCGAGAACCAACCACUGCUGACAUCUCUGACCCAGAAAGACACCAGAAUGCUGUGGGACCUCAGGCACCUCACCAUCUCCAACUCGGGGCUGCAGCACAUAUCUGACGAUGCUUUCCAGGACACCCACAGGCUAAGCCAUGUGAAUCUCUCCUUCAAUGCGUUGACCAGCCUCUCCUGGAAAACCUUCCAGCAUCUGCCCCUGCAGGAGCUCAUCCUGGAGGGAAACCCCUUCAAUUGCUCCUGUGGGAUCCGCUGGCUGCAGCUGUGGCAGAAUGGGAGCCGUGCUGAGCUGGGCAACCAGUCGCUGGUCUGCUGGGAGGGCAGCGCGCUCGUGGCCCUUGGCAGCCACCUCCUGUACGGCUGUGAGCCCCCCACCGCCCGCAUUGAGCACCCCGAUGUGGUGCUGCGCCAAGGGGACAGCGUCAACCUCACCUGCCACAUCUGGGGCGAGCCACCAGCCACCGGGGAGUGGGUGCUCCCUGACAUGGGAUCAGAACCAUCUGUCACCAAGCUCUCGGAGUGGGAGCUUGUCCUGGAGAUCAACAACAUCUCCUCCAGCCUCAACCACAAGGACCUCACAUGCCGGGCAGAGAAUGAGGCGGGGCUGGCGGAGGACAGCGUGAUGCUGAAUGUCACCUUCCCGCCGGUGAUCCUGCUCCUGCAUGAAGCCAUUUCGCAGCACUUCUGGUGCAUCCCCUUCUCAGUGGACAGCAACCCAGUGCCCAGCAUCCUUUGGUUCUUCAACGGCUCGGCGCUGCCUGAAGGGCCCUACAUCCACACACGCAUUGUGGAGUAUGAGCCCAACUCCACCAUACUGCACGGCUGCCUCCAGCUCAAUCGCCCCACGCAUGUCAACAAUGGCAACUACACCCUCGUGGUGCAGAACCCCCUGGGCAGCGCCACCCGCAGCAUCCAGGGCCGCUUCAUGGACAACCCCUUCAGCUUCAGCCCCGAGGAUCCCAUCCCCGUCUCCAUAUCUCCGCUGGGCACCAGGAACAGCUCUCUGGAGGGCCCCGUGGAGACAGCGGAUGAGCACACAUUUGGGGUCUCUGUGGCCGUGGCUUUGGCUGUCUUCGCCUCCCUCUUCCUCUCCGUCAUGCUCAUCGUGCUCAACAAGUGCGGGCACCGCUCCAAGUUCGGCAUUAACCGCUCAGCUGUGCUGGCCCAAGAGGAUGACCUGGCCAUGUCAUUGCACUUCAUGAACCUGGGCAGCAGCCCCAUGUCCUCCACAGAGAGCAAGCUGGAUGGGCUGAAGAGCAACUUCAUUGAAAACCCACAGUAUUUCUGCAACGCCUGUGUGCACCACGUGCAGCGCCGUGACAUCGUGCUCAAGUGGGAGCUGGGUGAGGGCGCUUUUGGGAAAGUCUUCCUGGCCGAAUGUUCCCACCUCCUCCCGGAGCAGGAGAAGACGUUGGUGGCUGUGAAGGCACUGAAGGAGGUGACGGAGAGCGCGCGGCUGGACUUCCAGCGGGAAGCGGAGCUGCUGACGGUGCUGCAGCACGAGCACAUCGUCAAGUUCUACGGUGUGUGCACCGAGGGUGAGCCCCUCAUCAUGGUCUUCGAGUACAUGAAGCACGGAGACCUCAACCGCUUCCUCAGGUCCCACGGGCCGGAUGCUAAGAUCCUGGACCAAGGGCAGGGGCAGCCCUGCGGGCAGCUGACGUUGAGCCACAUGCUGCAAAUCGCCACACAGAUCGCCUCAGGUAUGGUGUACCUGGCAUCCCUGCACUUUGUGCACCGUGAUCUGGCCACCCGCAACUGCCUGGUGGGCCACGACCUGGUGGUGAAGAUCGGGGACUUUGGCAUGUCCCGUGACAUCUACAGCACCGACUACUACCGGGUGGGUGGUCGGACCAUGCUGCCCAUCCGCUGGAUGCCCCCUGAGAGCAUCCUGUACCGCAAGUUCACCACUGAGAGUGACAUCUGGAGCUUCGGCGUGGUGCUGUGGGAGAUCUUUACCUACGGGAAGCAGCCCUGGUACCAGCUCUCCAACACCGAGGCCAUCGAGUGCAUCACGCAGGGCCGGGAGCUGGAGCGGCCCCGCACGUGUCCCUCCGAGGUGUAUGACAUCAUGCAGAGCUGCUGGCAGCGAGAGCCACAGCAACGCCAGCGCAUCCAGGACAUCCACAGCCGCCUGCAGGCCCUGGUCAAGACUCCUCCCAUCUACCUGGACAUCCUGGGCUGA